GGUCACAGAUAUCAUGGCUGCAGCAUUUCUGGAGCCUCCUAAAGUCUGGAGCAUCAUAAAUGAUGAUUGUGAAGUCAGAGGUGAUUUGUGAUCCAGUCUGAGGAGGAUUUGGCCUGUCCUAGAGGUCAGAGCUUGAGGUCUUCUGGAGGACACUUUCUGCUGGACAAAGUCCUCAUCAAGUCUGAUUAUACCACGUGAGAGGUGGGUUUAACCCGGGUCUGAUACAGGAAUAGAGCUGUAGGUGGAGUCCUGGAGGGCUGAAGGGCCGGAGAGACUCCAGUGUGUGAUUAUGGCUAAUCCCUCCUUAAAUAACCCUGAGCGGUAAGCUAAUGUUGUGGAGGACAAGGACAAUACCGCUGGACAGAGAGAGCAUAUUUCAUGUCAGCUUGAGGCCAGGAUGAAUUUCGCAGCACAGUUUUUUGCUAACUUUGUGAACGACGGCUUGCAGGAGACACGAAAAUUUAAUGACAGCGAGGAAUAUGAUCCCUUCUGGCAGAGUGCGGAGCAGCGCAGAGGAUCCUCCAAACCCGACUGCUCCUUCCACAGCGGCCCGUGCGCUAAAGACGGCCAGAUCGGGAACGGACGCCUCAGCCGCCGCUCCACACUCAUCUGCCCAGAGCGCCUGAAGGACUUCGGAGCCGAGGAGUACCUCAAUGGAGAUGUGAAGGUCUUCGAGAGCAGCGUUUCCGAAGCGCCGGAGGUCCAGUUAAUGUCCAAACCCAAACCAGUAAAGAAGAGCAGCGAGAGCAAGACUGCAGCCAAACCUGCUCCUGAGCAUCUGCGCUUCGAGGACAUCAGCGCCGCCGCCUUCAAACUCCAGCAGACCGGCAUUCAGAAAACACCCUGCACGUACUCCAGACUGUCCAAACAGUACGGCAUGGAGAUCUUCCUGAAGAAAGAGCUUCUGCAUUACACGGGUUCAGUGAAGGAGAGAGGAGCGCUGUACCUGCUGUCCUCUCUCAAACAGGAUCAGCAGAGGAAGGGAGUGAUCGUGGCUACAGACUGUAACUUCUCGAUGGCGGUGGCGUAUCACGCGGUGGAGCUGCGGAUCCCGGUGUUUGUCAUCAUGCCGGCGUACAGCUCUCCUCCGCGCCUGCGCAUGUACAGAGACUACGGUGCUAUGGUUAUUUCCUACGGCAGCACGGCCCGAGACUCCAUCAACCACGCUAGACACCUGGCCCGAGAGAACGGAUACCUGUGUCUGGAGGAGGAUGACAGCGCCGUGUAUCUAGCUGGUCUGGGAACAGUGGGUCUGGAGAUCUAUGAGCAGGUGCCCAAGCUGGACGCGGUCAUCGUGCCUGCGGGCGGAAACUGUGGGCUCCUGACCGGAACCGCAGCUGCCAUCAAACACCUGAACCCUCGCAUCUCUGUCAUAGGUGUUGAACCGGAGGAGUUUCCUCUUCUACUGCAGUCGCUCAAAACAGACUCUCCCAUUAAAGAUCUCUACUGCAACCCCAACAAGAAACUCUACAGAGAUUUGGUGGAUCACUCUCUGGGCACACACGCCUUCCAGCUGGCCAAGAAAAUGGUGGACAAAGUCAUUUCUGUCAGGGAGGCGGACGCUCUGGUGGCCAUGCUGCGCUUUCAGGAGUACGAGCGCUCGACCGUGGACACAGAAGGAGCCAUGGGCUUGGCCGCAAUCUUAGCUGGACAACUGCCAGAGCUUAAAGGGAAAAGGGUGGCAGUGGUGGUGAGCAGUGCAAACAUGGAGCUGGACCUGGUUCUGCAGUGUGUGGAACGAGCUCUGGUUCUGGACGACAGAGUCAGUCGCUUCACGGUGCAGCUGGCCGACUGGCCCGGAGACAUGGCCAAACUCCUGGACCUGCUGGCCAGAGAAGACGUCAGAUUGCUGGAUAUUUGUCACAGACGCUACAGUGAUAAAGCUGAGCUCUUCAAAGCACAGGUGGAGUGUGUCAUUGAAAUGAGGGAUAAAUGUCAGAACUCACAGCUGAGGCGGAUGCUGUCAGACCGAUACCCAUCACUGCGCUGGCUGGAGCGGUGAUCCACACACACACACACACACACACACACACGUCUGGUUUGCUAUCCUUGUGGGGACUCUCCAUAGGCGUAAUGGUUUUUAUACUGUACUUACUGUAUGUGCUAUUGUCCUACACCAACCCUACACCUAAACCUACCCCUUACAGGAGACUGCAGGCAUUUUUAGAUUUUCAAAAAACUUAAUUCUGUGUGAUUUAUUAGCUUGUUUACCCGUGACACGAGUCCCCAUGAGUCUGUGUGUAUUCAGGUUUAAGUCCCCACCUGAAUAGAAAAACAAGUACACACACACACACACACACACACUCACACUCGUUUGUUUUUGUGAAAAGUGGGGACAUCCCACAGGCAUAAUGGUUUUUAUACUGUACUUACUGUAUGUGCUAUUGUCCUACACCUAAACCUACCCCUUGCAGGAGACUGUCUGCUAUUUCAGAUUUUCAAUACACUCCAUUCUGUGUGAUUUAGAAGCGUUUUGAAAAGUGGGGACAUGGGUCAAUGUCCUGAAAAGUCAUCUUCACCUUGUAAUACCUGCCAUACCCUCGUCAUUAUACACAUCUAUGUCCUGAUUUGUCACAAAAACACACACACACACACACACACAACAAACAUGUAAAGUAUUUUUGUCGUGUUUUUUAGUAAAAUAUUGAAAUAUCCUCAAAUCAAGAUACAUGUUGUUGAGGAACAAAAAGACAUAAUAAUAUUAAGAAAUACUAAGUCUUGUUUUCUGAAAAUGUACCAAAAAUUAAGUGAAUGCAAACAAAAACAUCUGCUAGUGGGGUCAGAAAAAUAAACUUGUUUUUCAUUUGAAUUAAGAUUAUUAUUCAUUCCCCAUUGGCAGAUUUAUUUUAUUUUUUUGUUAAUUUAUGUAUAUACUAACUUAUGUAUAAUAUAUUAGGUCGUUUUGAAUCUUGAUUUUAAAACGUUUAGAUAUUUCUACUGGAAAACAAGUAAAAAAUAUGGAAAUCAUAUUUUUCUGACACUGUUGUUUGAAUAAACACAGAUAGAGCGUUUAGACGAAAAGAACGUCAUAUAAUUACUCUUAGUGUCACUGAUAUCACAUGAAACACAAAUUUCAUUAUUUCUAUUCAAACGAGUGAUUCACUGUAACUGACGAUGGACUGUAAUUCAAAUGAAAUGUUUUGAGUCACAGCAUUAAAUGUCUCAGUCAUUGCAGAAUUAAUUGAUUAAUUAUUAUUGGAUGAUCAAGAAGGUCUGUCUUUAUGGGAGGAAAGCUGCGCUGUAUAUAACUUUAUUUAUUAAACUCACUGAAUGUGUGAUGUUGAAUCUAGCUGUACUGAUGUCAGUUGUAUUUGGCUUAUGAAUAUAAAGACUCAUCCUGUAUAUAAUCACACUCUGGCUGCUGUAUUUUAUGGAGAUCAUAAGGUUAGAUAUUAUGUGUCUGUAUGAAUCUGCACACUGUUACAACCCAGAAUCUGAGAGAGAGAGAGAGAGAGCAGUGAUUAGAGUUUAAAUCUCUAAGUCUAUUAGCGGAGGACACAUUGACCGCAACAACAUGAACUAAACACCUGCAGGAACUGUCUGCAUUCAGACUAGAGAUGUCAAUUUAACAUGUUAAUUUCGUGCAAUUAGCCUAAAAACAAUGCACUAAAAUGAUUAAAGGCAUUUAACACACCCGCGCCAUCCAGACCCGUCUGUCAUCUCUCACUGAUG